AUGGAUGAUUCGUCAGUCAUAACACCAUGUGACGACGGCUCGUGCUGCUGCGUAUCCAACAGGAGUACGGCAGUAGCACUGAUAGAUAUGUUGGCAAGUGAAGACAGUUGCGAAUGCGACGAGCUGAUGGAGUAUGUUAACUCGAUCAGGCAGCUACUCGUCACGCUGUUCCAGAUGGCAAACACGCUGCUUCUUCUCGCCGCUAUGGUUGAGAGCGCGUUUCUAGUACAAAUAUACAUAUGGUAUGUCCUUGGUUUUGUCAUAAUGGGCCUCGUCGUGUCUCUACUUGGUUUCUUGUUCAAACUGAGGGUUGAGAAAUUGUGGACUUCUAUUAAUUUUGUGUCGGAAGUCGCAUUUCUUUUUGUAAUAUUCCGAUGUUUGCCGAUAGUGGAUUUGUACAGAAAACGCGUCGAAGUCAAGUGAUUGAAUGCAAAGAUUUUUGUAAAAAUUAACUAUGUAUUAUUAUCGAAUAAAUAUUUUAAGUGUA